ACGUAAUACAUGUCCUUUAUUGUUCCUUCUCCUUUUUCUUUACUUGUUUUUUUUUUCUAUCUUUACACUUAAUUACAAAAACAAGUUAAAAGCAACUAGCCUACUUUCUAAUCGUUGAAAAGAAGGACAUCACGGUUAGAAAAGUAGGCUAGUACAAUUGUCUUAAUUCAAUUUAUUUGAUUGACUUGCUGAAGAAGAAAACAAUGGAAGUCUUGGUCUUGCUCACUCUGUUUGUUCUUGUCGCUGAAGGUGUGGUUGGAUCAAACUUGGUGUCAGUGAUAGAGGGAGAUUCUGUCACUCUAAACAGUGAUGUUACCAAGCAAGGACGUGACAAGAUGCUGUGGUAUUUUAACGACACUCUCAUUGCCCUGAUCAAUGGAGAUCCUACUAAGAGUUGUCUGUACGAUGGUGAAGGCGGGGUAUUCAGAGGCAUACUGGAAGUGGACUUUGAGACCGGAUCUCUGACCAUCACAAACAUCAGACCUGAACACACUGGACGCUUUGAAGCAAAUUUCAUCAAAAGCAAGAGCUCAGGAACCAGCCAAAGCUUGAACCGAAACGGCAAGUGUGACAGCACAAAAGUCAUCAAAAAAAUGAUCAACAUUGGCGACACCGUAAAGACAUUCAGUGUGUCCAUCAGUGAAUUGGACAAUGUGGAGAAGAAACAAGAGUGUGAAAGGAAUUCAGUUCUGUCUUUAAGUCUUGUAGCGGGAAUAUGUACUGGUGUUGGUGUUGUUCUGCUGCUGGUUGCAGCUGUUCUUGGUGUGAUUUACUAUCGUUACAGGAACUCUAAAAUGGGCAAGUAUCACCUACAGCUACUAUA